AAAUUUAAAAAAAUUCAAGAAUUAAAAAUAGAAAUUUUUAAAAGUUUAUGGGUUGAAAAGAUGGUAAAUCCUAAUUUAUUUUAAACAAUUUCAUAAGGUAAAUCCGCAUUAAACGUUUUUUUUACAGAAUGUAUACAUGCAUGCAUGGAAUAACUUUAAUUUUUAAAAUACAUACCCAAAUAAUAUAGAAGGAGACGCGAUUCGACGACAGCAAGCGGGGGAGAGUUAAUCGGCGGCACGCGGCGACGGGGAUGUAGUUUGCGGCAUUGUAAUUGCCUCCAGACGUUGCUUCUGGAAAUAGCUUGGAUGUGGAUAAUGAUGCUUUUCGCCGAAUGGAAAUAGCAUCGCACCGGCUUGAUGAACUUCAACCAGCAAGUGAUGAAGUGAUAUCUCGUAGCAUCACCGGCCUUAAGCUUCAUAUGAUCAUUCAAAUCAUGGAUUUCAACACACUAACCUGCUAUGGCUCCAAGGCCCGAUUUGCCUCUUAAAGUUUUGAUUAGUGAUUGCGCCAUGCCUAUUUUUGUACCAAAGGCAUCCGCUGUGAAUGGAAUGAUGGAUAAACCUUUGUGCAGAAAUUGUUUGGGAAGUGGUGCUGUGCUUUAUGAUAUGUGUGGUGGCACAGGAAAAUGGAAAGCUCUUAACAUGAAGCGAGCUAAAGAUGUUUACGAAUUUACUGAGUGUCCAAAUUGUUAUGGUAUGAACUCCAGUUUCUACUUGACUCCAUUUUUGUUAGCUAUAAGAGGUGAUGAUAAUGGCAUGGUUUAUUCGAAGCACUUUUUAAGUAGCUGUUCUGAAUGGCCUUUGUUGACAUGCUUUUCUGUUAGGUAACCCCAUUAGUAGUUACUAGUUAGUUAGCUCUUUUUUAGUUAUA